AUGCCGGGACUGAAGACCCUUUUGGGGAGCUUGACUGACACAUUCAGCUGUCAAUGGCCGGAUCUGUCAUCGGUUGCCAACGACUUGCCUCUUAGCUUAUUGGUGGAGCUCUUGAGUUUGCCCCUUGGCACGAUCAAAGAGGCUGUGUCGCUUGACAUCUUCACGGAUGGCUCCUUCUUUAGAGAAGCUGAUCUGCCAGCUGGUUGGACUUUUGUGGUGUUCGGAUAUGGCACGGCUGGACAAAAAUUCCUGCUGCAUGCUGCCUGUGGCCAGGUGGUGGAAGUCCUUGAUGAGCGUUGGCACCUGGCGGACGCUCAUUCGUCCAGAGCAGCGGAGCUCGAAGCAGCGCUCUUCCAGGCAGGAGUGUGGAGAUUGGCUUCAGCAUUUGAAGGGAAUGUCUGUUUCCAUUUUGACGCCUCAUGUGGAUAUCCAGCUGGUAUUUGGAAUUUUGGCACUGCUUGUGUUCAAGGAAGAGUGGUGCGGGCAAUCUUCCAAACUAUUCAGGCAAUGUUUCCAGGGAAGCAGGGUUUUGCCCAUGUCAAAGCUCACUCUGCCAUCCUGGGAAAUGAGCUUGCUGAUGUGCUUGCCAAGGCUGGAUGUGGCCAGGAUCCACCCCUGGGGGUUCCUCAAAUUGCCCUGCAGGAUGCCUUAUUUGGGGAUCCUAUGCCGAUUGAGCUUCUAUGGCUCUAUGUGCAAUCAGCGUUCAUGGAUGAUUCGUACCCUGAAUUAGAGGAUGAAGAACUCCGAAGUGAUGUUGUCUUCUCGCCAGUUGACAAACGCGAGGUCCUUCUGCAGCCAGUUGUGGAAGGACUACAUCAGACAGUUGUAGGCGAAGCAAAGAUUGACCUAGGGGUCCUCACGUAUAAUGUAGGCUCUUUCUUCGCAGUGAGGCAGACUGGAUCAUUCCUUGGACGAUGUGAGUACAUUCGCCAGCAGCUCGUCUCACAUGGUGUGCACAUUGCAUGCUUUCAGGAGACGAGAUCCAAGCAAACAGGGGUUUUCCCAUCGGCCACGCACUUUCGAUUUGUAGCUGCUGCCAACAAUGGACGUGGAGGCUGUGAAAUUUGGCUUUUGCGUAUGUUGAAAGGCACGUCGAAGCAGUUGCUGCGAAAAGAGGAUGUGAUAGUUCACUGGGACGCUCCUGAACUACUGAUUCUGCAGGCUAAGCUCUUGGACAAGAUGUUCCUCAUCAUUUCCGGACAUGCACCGCAUGUCAGUCGACCGGAAUGUGAGCAUGUCUGUUGGUGGAAUGAUCUGAUGAUCAAAACUCGCGGUGCAUUUGUGCCAGGACAGCACACCCUGGUUUGUGGAUUGGAUGCUAACACUCAUUUUGCACAGACUAUGCCACCGCAUGUGGGAGAGUUCGAGUUGGAGAGUAAGGCUAGCUAUUCCUCGCAGCUCUUCUUGCAGUUUCUACAGGAGUUUGGCUUGUACUUGCCCUCUACGUGGCAUGAUUGUCAGGAUUUCCUGGCCUUGAUUGAAUCCCCUGCUGCCUUUGAUGAUGCAGAUGUUCCAGAACAGUUGAAGCGCAUCUAUCAGGAUGCCUUCGAUAAUACCUGGUACUGUGUACUGGGCACAAAAACACUGACGGCCACCACCAAAGGUACCCGACCAGGGGAUUCAUAUGCUGACCUGGUCUUUGGCUUUGUGCUGACGCGGAUCCUUCGUAUUGUCCAAGACAAGAUGAAGUUGUAUGGCCUGUUGGUGCAAAUCCCUUGGACUGGAUGCCCUUCACCACAAGCAGGAGAGCAACAGCGACUGCAAGAGUAUCUUGGACCCAUUUGGGCAGACGAUAUUGCAGUUGUGCAACAAGGGGACACCCCAUUGGAUCUCACCCAGCGUAUUUCUAAGACUGCGGGCCUCCUGAUGGACAUGCUUGCUUGUUUUGGGAUGUCGCCGAAUAUGGCGAAAGGGAAGAGUGAGGUGCUGUUGCAACUGCGAGGAUGUGGUAGCCAACGACUCAAGAAGGCACUUGUGCAAAAUGAUCAGAAACUCCAGACAGUUGCACAAGUUGCGGCAGAUGAAAUUGCUUUGGUUGGACGAUACAAGCACUUGGGUCUGUGGUUGACUGAGAACAACUCACCACUCCUGGAUUUGAAGUCUCGUUUCGCCAUCGCACAGGCAGGCUGGAGUGUUCAUGCGUUUAAAGUCCAUGGGCGAACCACUAUGGGCCGACGUGUGGCAGUUGGCUCUCAAUGCCCCAGCUGCUUGAAGCAGUAUGCCUCGCAUGUGGCGCUUAUCCACCACCUCAACUACCAGACACGAUGUCGCAAUUCUGCGCUUUGCAGGGGUUGGACUGCGGAUUUGGAGCCGGGCAUGAAUAGUGUCAUUGCGGGACAACAAAGACCUGCUUUCUGGAUGCCUCCAAUUCAAGCAGAAGGUCCGGUUUUGCCACCUGGUCUUCCUCAUGAUGAGCCGCCUAUGGUGGAGGCUGAGACUGAACUCUGGACCUUAUGGACACGUGCCAUUGAGCAGAUCUCCAGCCAUUCGAGUGUUGAUAUCACUGUGUCUGCCCUCAAAGAGGCUACCAUGCAAACGGUGUUGCACUUGGACGAGAUCAAACAACUUUUCACUCAGUGGAGUGCUGGAUGUCAAGCGAACUGUGCUCAAUCCUUUUGGGAACAAGUGCAUCAGGUAUUUUUGACAUCAGCCACCGCUUCAUGGUUUAUUGCUGGGAAGCAGGGAAGUUUGCCCCGUCUGUCCUUUGAUGGAGUCUGGGAGAAAUGGUGCAAAGACUUGCCAAAGCUACCAGAUGUGCCUCGGGUACUAAAGUAUAGACCAGUGCUCAUGGCGCAUAUAUUUUCCGGGCAUCGGCGUGAAGGUGACCUACAGUCCUUCCUCGAAGAUCUUCAAGUUCCAGAACCACACUGUGUUCGGGUGCUGAGUGUGGACAUUGUGUUCUCGGAGUCGUGGGGGAACUUGUUAUGUCCAACAACCUUCAACAAGUUCAAGGAUGCCAUUCGUUGUGGACUACUGCGCAUUGUUUGUGCGGGACCUCCAUGCGAGACGUGGAGCAGAGCACGUUCCCAUGGAUGUGAGGAUGGAGGCCCACUUCCUGUCCGUGAUGCCACCCACCUUCGAGGCCUACCAGAGCUUCGCUUGAGGGAGGUAAGACAAGUCUCGACAGGGAAUGAUCUGUUGGGAGUUGCAAUUCGUUUUGCUGUCACCAUGUUGAUCAGCCAGGGCUUCUUCCUUUUGGAACAUCCGAGGGAUUUGGGAGGUGAACAGCCUUCUAUUUGGCGGCUUGCUGUGAUCAAGCUGCUCCUGGCUUUUCCAAAUGUCCGGCUUUGUCAUGUACAGCAGGGCCUGUUUGGUGCACAGUCGGCAAAACCGACCACUUUUCUGAUUGUGAACCCUCCGCCCAAUGCUGAUGGCAUUCUGGCAAAGUUUCGCACGCGCGAUGUGGUGCCCCUGACGGUAUCCAUUGGUCGUGUGAACGGACAAUGGAGAACGGCGGCACUAAAAGCCUACCCGGCUGCACUUUGCAGAGCAAUUGCGGCUGUGGUGCAAGGCUACCUGGCGGAAAUGGAGCCAUCAAUUGCUCCUUUGGAUGCUCCUGCGGACUUUGAAGCGUUUGCGGAGUUGUGUGUGCCGCCUGCGGAGGCCCAAAUGGGCCCCGAUUACCACCCGUCCAAUUUGGUGCAUGUACAGGCUCCUGGCUAG